AACAGUGAUGCUGUGUGUAGGAUGCGCACAUAAGACAUUAGCGGAGGCAUCCCAUCAUGCGAGAAGAGAGAGAUCUAGAAAAGAAGACUCCCACACGGCAGAAGUGCGCGGAGAAAGCUAAUAAUCCCUUCUGUUUGAGCAUGCCCUGAUUUCGUCUGAACACACACAUACACACAGUUGUUUAAGAGGAUAGGGCCACCAAAGCAUUAAAAGGAACCUUUAAAUCGUAACGACGGCACGGCGCUAUAUUUUCCUUCACCAGUCAUCUGCAGCUUUCCAAGACCCAAAAGGUUUGGCUUCGCGUUCAUAUUUCAUUCUACGAAGUUGUGGGUGCAACUGGUCGCUGGUGGCUGCAGAAAACAACGACUUCAUUUCGGCUUUCGAACAAUCAACCCCGCUGCCUCCUCCCGCGGUUGCUACGGACAACGGGCUGUGGCGCCGACUUGCAUCCGCGACCAUCUGGGUGAAAUUGCAUUUUUAGCGGAUUAAGUUGCAUGUGCAACAUUUUCUGUGCGGUUUAUUGCAUUUUCACUGAACACAUUGCCAUAGCGGGUCAAUUUAAUGGUGGAUUUGCCAGCGACCUCUUAGGGAGCGCUAUUUUUAAAUGUCUAUGGGUGUUCUCGCUGUCGGUGGAGUAAACUUCAGCCUGCUGAAGCGAAAUCCCGGGAGCCGAGAACGACAAGCCUAGCGAGGAACUGUCCGCGGUGCUGAAACGCCUACAACGCUCGACAGCCGGGGCUUUCAGGGAGGCUGGGGAUGCAAAGCCCCCUGCUCAUUCUUUGACUGUUUCAGCACACUUCGGCUGUCUGCGAGAAAGGAAGAAAGGGAUCACCCUGAAAGUGCCCACGAGUGAAUGGGCUUUCCCAGUUCUGAGGAUACCCAGCGGCUUUCUCUUUUUGGUGGACGUUUCAUUUCAGAGCCGUUUCUAUAUUGAUUAUGGCCCCCGCAAAGACCCUGUUCAGUUCUCUCCCUUUGUUGGUAGUGAUGGCACAGGCCUGCUGGAGCGUGUGUGUCGAGGUGGCCUCGGAGGACAGAGCAGUGAUGGACAGUAACACCACCCUGACCUGCAUCUCCUGCAUGAGGAGGGAGGAGGUGAAGUCCGAGACGUACGUCAAGUGGUUCUAUAAUGCUGACAACAAUGACAGCACGCUGAUCUUUGUGUACGACGGAACACCUCAGGAGCAGAAGAGCCAUCUCAGUGGGAGGCUGCAAUGGAAAGGCAGCAAGGACCUGCAGGAAGUCUCAUUGGGGAUCAACAACCUGAAGCUCAACGACACGGGGACAUACACCUGCCAGGUCACGAGGCACUUGAACUUCGAUGUUCACCAGCAUUCCAUUACAACUACACUAAAGGUCCAUCUGGUGGUCACAGAGAAUGUUGAAGAAGACUUUACGGCCGUGGUCUCAGAGAUCAUGAUGUACAUCUUGCUGGUGUUCCUCACCAUCUGGCUGCUCAUUGAAAUGGUGUACUGCUACAAGAAGAUCUCGAAAGCAGAUGACAUGGCGCAGGACACGGCGAAAGACUACCUAGCGAUCCCAUCUGAAAAUAAAGAGACCCCUGCCGUCCCAGUGGGCGAAUAAAAGGGCUUUACGCAAACCUGAAGGAUGUUGUAGGGCCACUGCAGCGAGAGCCAAAACCAACAUAUGGGCUGAUGAAGAGGCACUGGAAGAGUGCCCCCCCAUUGCUCCGAUGGACACUUCCACUCCUCUUUGUGCUCCAUUUCACUCAUCUCGUCAUUCAACAACUGUAGUCACAGAGUUGAGAGUUUAGUUUGCUUCAUUGUACCUCUGCAGCAUGCAUCGCAGGGGCACGGCCUUCAGGAGGCGGCCUCGUUCACUCCGCCUGCCACUGUCACCCCCUCACUCUUUUUCAUUUUUA